AUGAACUCUACAACUUCUUCUGAAAAUGCUUUUUUGAAUUCGUUCAACUAUUUGAAUCAAACGUCACAAGGUAUAAUAUCAGGUAACUCCACUUUCGCAGCCGUCAUCAACUUCCCCUAUAGACUGGGGCUAUCCUUUAUAGGAGCUGUAACCUUACAAUACGAACAAACAGUUAAAUCUGAAGAAAUCCCUCCUACCCUAAGGUCAGUCUUUGAUACAAUAGGAUUCUUUUUCUGCCCAUACGCCAUUUUUUGCUUUGUAAUUGCUAUUGUACUGAAUCGAUUCGUCGUGUUUUAUGCGGUUCUCACCAAUGGCGCCAGGCGUACAUUACCGGUGUGGUUAAUCAAUGUUUUCCAUGUAUCAGCAAUCGCUGCGUUAACGUUUGUAUCGUUGGGCCCACUGGUAUUGGGCAAAGAUUUCAGCAUAUUAGGCAACUUUUUUUUUACCCAGGAAAAGAUUUUAUUGAAUAUAUUCUAUGCAUUUGCUUAUUCUUAUUGUGUCGAGACUAUAUUUACCAUUAUGCGUAAUUCCAGCCCGCUGGAAGGUACAGACUACUCUUUAUUUGAACUUUCAAUUCAGUUUUAUACAAUGACAAAUAAAGACAUCAAACUAAUAGGUUUUUCUGAUUACGUUAUAGAUUGUUCAAUGGCAAUUUCAAGUAGAAUACUAAUCCACUUUGUGGAGAUUUUCAGGCUCAGGAAUUAUCGUUUGCUUUUCAGUACGUUUAUGAAUCUUUGUCACAUCUGUUAUUUGGGUGUAAGAGUUAAGCAAGGCGGCUGGAAAAGCCUUCCAUUUUCGGUCAAAUUCAGACACUUUCCAAAGUUAUUCUCGGUCGCUAUAAUCUUCAUAUCUCUACUGUUCUUCGAAUUGUCAUGCUUAAUUAGAUGGGAUCCAUUCGGAAAGUCUCAUAACUCAUGUGAACUUUUACAGUUUUACCCACUUAGUAGAAAUUGGAAAAAGUACUUAAAUUACACAGGUGAGGAAGAUUUCUCAGCUAUGGCAACCAAAUUUGCAUUAUUAUUAUGCUCAGGAACUGAACUAAUGGAAAAGGGUAUACGGAGAGAAUUUCCCGCUGUUAAUAUUCCAAACAACGUCAAUGAAAGAUUCUAUAUUAGUGGCUAUUUAAACGAACUUGAAAACCCAUACAAGGAUGACAUAACCACUGAUUGCCGAAAACAUCAUUCACCAAUAUCAAAACCAAAAAAAAUUACGAUGCUGCCAAACCUUAUAAUAUGCAUAAUAAAAAAGCUAAUGGGCCAAAUAUUCUUUGCCUGCAGGAAUGAUGAAGGUAAGAACGUUCCCGACAACCGAACAUCCAAAGAAAUCCUGAAGGUAGCUGGAAGUGGCAAUAUAAAACUUGAUAGCGCCGAGCAUGAAGAAGAUAUUCAAUUACUUAACACACCCGACGAAGAUUUUUCUGAAGAUUAUGAACCUUCUGAAGCUGAGACACUCAGGGAUUCCGAUGAAGAGGACCUGGAAGAUGAGUCGCUUAUUUUCAACGAGACUCGGGAUGCCCUGUUGGAUUUAUUUUCCUCCAAGGAUGCCCAAAUUCCUACAGAUUAUGAUUGGAUCCUUUCUACCAGCCAUAUCCUUCAACAAACGCUAUUAUCAAGUAAAACUUUAACAAGAACAUCCAUUUUAGGCUCCACAGCAUGCGGAAGGAAUGAGUCGUCUGGGGCAGAAGGUGAUUUUGACUUAUCUUGUGCAGUAUGCAAAGUCAAUGAGAGAAAUACGAUACUGUGGCCCUGCCGAUGCUUCGCUCUUUGCGAAGAUUGCAGAAUUUCUUUGGGUUUACGUGGGUUUAGUACUUGUGUGUGUUGUAGAGGUAAAGUUCAUGGUUACUGUAAGGUUUACCCAGUUUCCAGCAAUAGCUGA